AUGGCCAAGGCUUAUGAUCGCAUGGAGUGGCCCUAUCUCCGGGGUAUGUUGCUAGCUCUGGGGUUUGCGCCUGAGUGGGUCAAUGGUGAGGACAUAGGUCAAGUUAUCCCAACACGGGGUAUUCGACAAGGAGAUCCACUCUCCCCAUACUUAUUCAUUAUUUGUGUAGAAGGUUUGUCGUUGUUAUUACAGCAGGCUGAGCAACAAGGUCUGAUUCAUGGUUGCAGAGUUGCGAGGGGUGCCCCACCUAUUUCGCAUUUGUUUUUCGCAGAUGAUAGUCUUUUGUUCUUUAAGGCUAAUGUGCAUGAGGCAGGUGUAAUUAAACAGUGCCUGACUGAUUAUGAGGCUUUAUCAGGCCAAGCUGUCAACUUUAACAAGUCAAGUGUGUGUUUUAGCAGGAACACAAGCAGAGAUGAUAGGGAAGGAGUUGUGUCUGUGUUGGGUGUGGGACAAGCUCCCAAUUUCGGUAAAUACCUUGGGUUGCCAGCAUUUGUUGGGCGAAAUAAGAAGGCUGUGUUUGUGUAUGUUGAGGAUAAAUUGAAUCAAAGAGUGGGGACCUGGAAUAAAAAGUUAAUUUCUCAAGCUAGAAAGGAGGUGGUGAAAGGCGCAUUCAUUGGAAAGCCUAGGACCGUCUAUGCCUCCCCAAGAAGUAUGGAGGCUUGGCGUUUUCUGACCAAUCCACAAUCUCUGGUGCCCAGGAUUUAUAAAGCCAGGUAUUUCCCUCGGUCAUCUUUUGUUGAUGCUACUCUGGGUGGAUGUCCCAGCUUCUGUUGGCGUAGUAUUAUGGCAGCCCAUGAACUAGUCUGUUCUGGUGUACGAAGAAGGAUAGGGAAUGGUAAAACCACUUUAAUUUGGGGACAUCCAUGGUUGCCUGAUGAUCCUGACCCCCUAAUUCAGACUGUUAUGCCUCAGGGAUUAGAUGGUUCUUUUGUCUCUGGACUUAUUGACCCGACUACUAAUUCCUGGGAUCAGGAGAUUCUAAAGGAUAUUUUUCAGCCUAAUGAUGUGGAACGUAUUCUGAGCAUCCCUAUCAGCCAUGAUUAUGAAGAUUCUUGGUAUUGGUAUGGAGACCCUCGGGGUUGUUAUACGGUGAAACAAGGCUAUAGACGCAUUUGUGGUGAAGUUAUGAAUGAGCCAGCUACUUUUGAUAAAUGGUUACCUAUGUGGAAAAUUAAGGCACCUCCCAAAUGGAAGGCUUUCCUCUGGAGAGCUAUCAAGGAUGUUCUUCCUACUACUACAAAUCUAAUUUUAAAGAGGGUAGAUGUCCUUCCAACAUGCCCAAUGUGUGGUCAAAGUCAUGAGAACACAAUGCACUCCCUUGUUUUGUGUGACUUCUCAAAAUUAGUAUGGCAUGAGGCUUCACUUCCUAUUUCAUCUGUGGGGGGGGGGGAUACCUUUGCGGAUUGGUUCUCUAAUGUAAUGUCCUUGCUCACAGAUGAACAACUUCUUCUUGUAGUGGCGACUCUAUAUCACAUUUGGACUGCUCGCAACAGGGCCGUAUGGGAGCACUCCUUGCCGCGGCCGACGGGAGUUUGGAGAGCAGCCUCGGCGGCGGUGCAAGCGUGGCAGCACGUCCAUCAUCCGCAGACCUCAAACACGGCACCUUCACUGCCUGGAUGUCACCCGCCACCGCAAACAGCGCUGCCCAGCUUCGCCUGCUUCUUCGACGCAGGGUUUCUGCCGACAAUAAGAAGGGCGACGGUCGGUGCAACCGUGCUAUCGGACACCGGCGCUUUUGUUGCAGCGUUCAAUGGUCUAUUGCGGAGCUGCAUGUCACCUCUAAUGGCGGAGUCCCUUGCAUGUAAGGAGGUACUCUCCUGGCUGAAGAACAAAGGCCUUGAUCGUGUAGUUCUUCAUAUUGAUAAUGCAACUCUUCAACGAUGGCUUACAGCGGAUUACAAUGAGUUUUUUUCUUACAUUGCUUUUUCUAUUGAUGCCUCCAGGGCUAUUAUGUCGUCUUUUUCACAUUGUUCUAUUAGUUGGGUACCGAGAACUGCUAAUUUAGGUGCCCAUGCCCUUGCCUCUUUGGCGUUUUCUCAGUCUGAGUUUCUGUAUUGGGAUUCUAUCCCUCCUGACACUAUUUCAGCUUUGAUUUAA